GCAAGAGAAGCUACAAAGUGACAUUCGAAGGGGGUUGUUUGGAGUACCGAUGCAAAAGAGGUGGCUACUCACUACUCACUAGACUUCCUUUUGCAACUUUCCAUCGAUCAAUCCACGGCUGCCGGUACUACUCGCCGGCGAUUCAUCGGACCCAUCACCUUUAUAACAGGGGCACACGUUUCUUCUCCUCUUCCAUUCCAUCACCUACCUACCUCUCUCUCUCUCUCUCUCUCUCUCUCUCUCUCAGAGAUUAAUGCGCAUCAUUACUGAUCACAACCCUUUUUCAUAAUAACCUGUCACACCAUCUUCCCAAAAUUUCUGCCGACUGUGCGUGCUACUGUGUGUUCAUAUUCACGCAUAUUAGUCGGCGGCAAACGUGCGUUUCGCCGGCUGUGUUUGCUUUUGUUUACAACAAUAUAUUCUCUGUCUGAAACUAUUUGUACACAUAUAUAUGCCCUAGAAUCACGCCAUUACUGGUUGUGUAACGAGUGUUUAUUUUUCCUCUUUACGCACGAAACGCACUUCGGUAUUUAUAUGAAAACGCUUGUAACUCUGUUUUUUCGUGUUCAUUUCGCCUUUCUAGCUCGUCAAGUGAAUCGAAAUUGAGCUAUUCUACAGUGAAUUGGAGUCGUUUAAGUACCCAGUUUUAUAGGAAAAAUCUGUUAUCGUGAACACACAUUUGAAUAUGUUGACGUGUAUUGCUUGUACGAAACAGCUAAAUGGUGGAUCUCUACACGAACAUGAAGAAGGAGACUCCGUUUCUACACCUAGAACCAAGCAAGCCGUUAAAACCCUCACAUCUCAAAUCAAGGAUAUCGCGUUAAAGGCUUCAGGAGCAUACAAAAACUGCAAGCCUUGCUCCGGAUCAUCUAACAACAACUCGACCCGUCGGGGUUAUGCGGACUCCGAAGCUGGUUCAUCGUCCGGUAGGUUUUUUUGCGGGUACCAAAGAGCCGGCACCGGCAAUUCGACACCCAGGGUUUGGGGUAAGGAAAUGGAAGCGAGAUUAAAGGGGCUUUCGAGUGGUUCGAGCACUCCGGCGUCGGUGAGUGGCCGGACUGAGUCGGUUGUGUUUAUGGAGGAAGACGAGCUUAAAGAAUGGGUUGCUCAGGUGGAACCAGGUGUUCUCAUCACUUUCGUUUCCUUGCCUCAUGGUGGCAACGAUCUGAAACGUAUUCGCUUCAGUCGUGAAAUGUUCAACAAAUGGCAAGCUCAAAGAUGGUGGUCCGAAAACUGUGAGAAAAUUAUGGAGUUGUACAAUGUACAACGCUUUAAUCAACAAGGAGUACCACUACCAUCUCCUCCAAGAUCUGAAGACGAGAGUUCAAGAACCGAGUCUAUUGAAAACAGUCCGGUAACGCCGCCACUUAGUAAAGAGCAUCCGCCUCGAAACUUGUUUCAGGGCUCAAAAACUGAGACAUCGUCGGUAGAUGUUUCCGCUAAAACUAGUUCAACGCGAGAGGCUGAUCAAUCUGAAGAGAUUUCUUUGAGCAAUGUGAGCGAUUUGGAAACAGAAUGGGUUGAGCAAGAUGAACCGGGUGUUUAUAUUACAAUUAGAACACUUCCAGGUGGGACCCGGGAGCUUAGGCGGGUUCGAUUCAGUCGUGAACGGUUUGGGGAAGUGCAUGCGAGAAUGUGGUGGGAAAAGAAUAGAGCGAGGAUACAAGAACAGUAUCUGUGAGUUUGAAUGUUGGGAAUAGUUUCUAUAUAUCUAUAUAUUUUGUUAUGUAAAAGUGGUGAAAGGCUAGAAGGCCAUUUUGAAGUUGAAUAUGAAGACCUUUGUAUGUCUAUAUAAGCUUCAUAUUAUAUUCUAUCUUUUUUAUUUCUAAAAGGUAACCGAGUAGGGAAGGGUUGUUAUAUAUAGCAAUGUAAAUGAGUUAUCGAGCGGUUUGUGUUCGAGCGCAAUCACUUUGAAGCUUACAGUAAUACCUGAG